CCCUCGAUAGAUAACAAGUCUUUAAUCCAUAAUCUUAAUCUUUAUUGACAUCUAAAUUGAAAGCAACGUAAAUUUUUAGUAUUUGCUUUUCAAAUGGUUUACGUUAUGAUUAAUACGAUGUUUCAUAUACUGAAAGCUAGAAGAAUGUUCCAUAAACGCUAUUUAGUUUUAAUUAUUCUUUUGUUAGUUCUGCUCAAUAUAGCACUCUUGGUAAUUUGGAAACUGUCAGUAAUAGAGUCUGGUAUCGACAAAUUGCAAAUUCUGAAAGAAUCUCUGGAAUUACAUAAAGAUAAAUUGCAAUUAACAGAACAGCAAGUUUUACUAUUGCAACAAUUAGAGGCAGAAAAACAUCAUCAAAAUAGACCUAUUAUUUACUGUAUAACGCCGACGUAUUGGAGAUAUGUACAAAGAGCCGAGUUGACACGUAUAUCACAAACGCUUAAGUUGAUCCAAAAUAUUCACUGGAUUGUCAUCGAAGAUGCUGCAAAAAAAAGCGAUAUAGUACGUAACGUAAUUUCAGAAUCAAAACUUAUUGCUACUCAUUUGGUAGCACAAACAGCUUCAUUUGAGAAAUUUAAGGAUAAGAAUCCUAAGGCAAAGAGACAUCGAGGAGUCGAACAAAGAAAUGCAGCUCUAAAUUGGCUUAGAGAUAAUCUAGUUUUAGGAAAAGACAAAGGUGUUGUAUAUUUUAUGGACGAUGAUAAUACUUACAACAUUAAGCUUUUUGAUGAAAUGGCAAAGAUUAAAAAAGUUGGAGUAUGGCCAGUGGGAUUAGUGGGCGGAUUGAAUGCUGAAACUCCAAUAGUGGACAGAACGACUGGUAAAGUAACAGGUUAUCGAAGCGGAUGGUUGCCUAACAGACCGUUUGCCAUUGAUAUGGCCGGAUUUGCAAUAAGUUUAGACCUAAUAUUAUCUAUUAAAAAUGCCAAUUUCUCGUAUGAAAUGGCAAAGGGUAUGCAGGAAAGUGAAUUUUUGUCAUUUUUUACUACUAAGGAAGAAUUAGAACCACUAGCUGACCAGUGCACUAAAGUGUAUGUGUGGCAUACUAGAACAGAGAAACCGAAAGUUAGUGGUAUAAUACCUGGUUUAGAAGUAUAGGUAAAUUUUUUUUAUUAAGAAAAAUCCUUGAAAUCUGACAAUAUUGACAGAAAACUGUGUACGAAAUAAAACUAGGUUGAAUUAUAUCUUCUUAACACUUUUGCAGCUGAAUACCCAAGUAGCAUUUUGACAACUUGCGACCACAUGUUUACUAAACACAACGUUGGAUUAGUUACAAAA